GAAGGUGUUGAUGGGUCUGAAAGUGAUGAAGAAACUCCAGAGAUGGUAUUUGGGAGUUCAAAAUCUGGAGAACAGUUCUUGAAAGAGUUGGAAAAUGUUUUCACCGAUUCUGAUGAGGAAGUGGAUACGGAUGAUGACGGUGAGGAGAAAACGUUUGAUUCUGCAGCUUUGGCUGCGUUUCUACAGGCGGCCACCAGUGCAAGUUCAGAUGGUGGUAAUUAUACCAUGUCGCAGGAUGUAAUGAAGCUUUUCUCUAUGGAACCUCCAGCUGGUCUAGGUUCAUCUUUAAGACAUCGUCAAUCUGCAGCCCCACUUCCCAACCGUUCCAACAUCUUUCCCAGUCUAAAAGUUGCAGUGAGUGAAGAGAGUGAGAUUAACUUGAGCGAGGAAGAGAGAGAUAAGUUGGAAAAAUUGCAGAGUAUGCGUGUAUCAUAUUUGCGUCUAGUGUAUAGGUUGGGGCAGUCUGUAGAAGAAUCAAUAGCAGCAAAGGUUCUUCAUAAUCUUGCAUUUCUUACGUUGAGGCAUUCUGGUCAUUCAUUCAGUCUUGAUGCUGCAAAGAAGAUGGCUAUGGAGUCUGAGGCUGAGGGAAAAGAAGAUUUAAAUUUCUCUCUAAACAUACUGGUCCUUGGAAAAUCUGGAGUAGGAAAAAGUGCUACGAUAAAUUCCAUCUUGGGCGAUCAAAAGGCAUCAAUUCAUGCAUUUGAACCAUCCACCACUUCGGUUCAAGAAAUUUCUAGAACGGUGGGUGGUGUCAAGAUCACAAUCAUCGAUACUCCGGGGUUAAAGUCUUCUGUCAUGGAUCAAAGUGCCAAUUCCAAAAUAUUGUCUUCCGUGAAGAAGGUAAUGAAGAAGUUUCCCCCUGAUGUGGUUCUUUAUGUUGAUCGUCUAGAUGCUCAGAAUAGAGGCUUGGACGAUAUGCCCUUGCUAAAGACGAUUACUGCUUCUCUUGGUUCAUCCAUAUUGAAAAACGCCAUAGUCACUUUGACACAUGCUGGCUCUGCCCCUCCUGAUGGCCAAUCUGGUACUCCUUUGAGCUAUGAUGUGUUUGUACAACAGUGCUCACAUAUUGUUCAACAGUCUAUUGGACAAGCCGUUGGUGACUUACGUGUGAUAAACCCACGGUUAAUGAAUGAAGUUUCUCUUGUUGAGAACCGGGAGGGAGUGAAGGUCCUCCCGAACGGCCAAACUUGGAGACCUCAACUGUUGCUUUUGUGCUACAAUAAGAAAGUUAUUUCAGACGCAGAUUCUCUAUUGAAGCUUCAAGAAGAACCAUUGGACCAUCGUAAGAUAUUUGGUUUCCAAGUUCGACCAUUGCGCCUCCCUAACUUGUUGUCUUGGCUGUUGCAGUCUCGUGCACAUCCUAAGCUCCCUGCAAAUGAAGGUGUUGAUUCUGAUAUUGACAUUGAUGAUGUGUCUGAUUCUGAGCAGGAAGAUGGGGAAGAUGACGAGUAUGACCAGCUGCCACCAUUUAAGCCUCUUCGAAAAACCCAACUUGCAAAACUCUCAAAGGAACAGAGAAAGGCAUAUUUCGAGGAGUAUGAUUACCGGAUAAAGCUCCUGCAGAAGAAACAAUGGAGGGAGGACUUGAGGAGGAUGAGAGAAAUAAAGAGAAAUGGGAAGAAGAAGAAGAAGGUAGCUGAAAGUGAGUAUUAUCAUUAUGAAGAAGAAGAAGAAGAGGCUCCACCUGCAUGGGCUCCUCCUGUUGUAUUACCUGAUAUCGUCUUGCCACCGUCAUUUGACAGUGAUCAGUCAGCUUAUCGUUACCGUUCUCUUGAAUCCUCUUCCCAGCUUAUUACCAAGUCAGUGUACGACUCCCAAGGCUGGGACAAUGAUUGUGGACUUGACUGUGUUAUCGCAGAAGGGAGCCUUGCGGUAGCUAAACGGUUCCCAGCCGCAGUUACUGCCCAAGUGACAAAGGACAAGAAAGAGUUCAACAUCCUUCUAGACUCGUCUAUCUGUGCUAAGCACGGGGACAAUGGAUCCACCAUGGCAGGGCUUCUUAUCCAAGGAAGCGAGCAACUAAUGUAUUUGUUGAAAGGAGAAACCAAAUUCAAAGACUCAAAGAGGGGGAAGAUGACUAUUGGAGGGUUAGUUGCAUUCAUUGACGGGAACAUUCCUUUUGGUUUUAAAAUGGAGAAACAGAUGGCUGUCGGGAAAAGGCUUGUCCUCGUGGGGAAUGGAGGGACGAUGCGGUCGUCACAAGGAGGAGAAACAGCUUUUGAAGCAAACAUCGAGGCCAGACUUAGAGAAGCUGAUUUUCCAAUUGGACAAAACCAAUCUCAUGCGGGACUAUCUCUAACCAUGUCGAAAGAUGAUUUAACCGCCACAGCCAAUGUACGGUCUCAAAUCUCUAUAGGACGACAAACAAAGUUAACAGGUGUUGCAAGUCUUGACACCAAGAGGACUGGGCGUUUCAGUGUCCGAACCAGCAGCUCAGAUCAGUUGCAGCUUGCCUUGAUGGCCAUUCUUCCUCUUGCCAUGUCCAUCUACAGGAGGAUUAGACAAUCUAAAGAAACUGACAAUGAUCUUUAG